CUUCUUCUUCUGCUUCUUCUUCUUCUUCUUCUUCUGCUUCUUCUUCUUCUUCUUCUUCUUCUUCUGCUUCUUCCUCCGUUUCUCUCCUGCUGCGGUGACAACAUGUCAAACUCCGUCAGAAGCAAGAAGGACAAAGAAAUCCUCGCGGAAUACGAGAGCCAAGUGAAAGAUGUCCGGGCGCAGCUGGUGGAGCAGCAGCGAUGUCUGGAGCAGCAGACGGAGAUGCGGGUCCAGCUGCUUCAGGACCUGCAGGACUUCUUCAGGAAGAAGUCCGAGAUCGAGACCGAGUACUCCCGGAACCUGGAGAAGCUGGCGGAGAGGUUCAUGGCCAAGACGCGCAGCACCAAGGACCACCAGCAGUACAAGAAGGACCAGAACCUGCUCUCCCCCGUCAACUGCUGGUACCUGCUGCUCAACCAGGUGAGGAGGGAGAGCAAGGAACACGCCACCCUCAGCGACCUCUACCUGAACAACGUCAUCUCCCGCCUGACGCACAUCAGCGAGGACUCGGCCCGCCUUCUGAAGAGGAGUAAGGAGAUCAUCUUCCAGCUUCAGGAGGACCUCAUGAAGCUGCUGAACGAGCUCUACACCGUGAUGAAGACGUAUCACAUGUACCACGUGGAGACCAUCAGCGCGGAGACCAAGCUGCGGGACGCGGAGCGCCAGGAGGGCCGCGUGAAGGGCCUGUCGGGGUCGGGCGGGGGGGUGGAGCCGGUGUUCGGCCUGCGGAUAGAAGAGCGCCACCAGAGACGCAACGCCGCUCGCAAGAUGGAGAAGAUGAGAGAGAAGAGGAAAGCAAAGUACUCGGAGAACAAGCUGAAGACCCUGAAGGCCCGGAACGAGUACCUGCUGACGCUGGAAGCCACCAACGCCUCCGUGUUCAAGUACUACAUCCACGACCUGCCCGACAUCAUCGACUGCUGUGACCUAGGGUACCACUCCAGUCUGAGCCGGGCCCUCAGGACCUACCUGUCGGCCGAACUGAGCCUGGAGGCCUCCAGAAGAGCCGGUCUGGAGGUCCUGGAGGGGGCCGUGGAGGGCCUGGACCCGGCCCGGGACCGGCAGCGUCUGCUGGGCCUCUACCCCACCGCCUUCUGCCCCCCCCAGCGCUUCAGCUUCCAGGCUCACAUGGGCGACGCGGUGACCCAGAUCGCCUCCCAGCAGCAGCUCCAGGCGGAGCUCAGCCUCCGCCUCACGCAGCUGCAGACCCGCCUGGCCUCCCUGAAGAUCGAGAACGAGGAGGUGAAGAAGACCUGGGGAGCCACCCUCACCACCCUGCAGGACAUGACGGUGCUGGAGGACUUCGACGUGUCCCACAGCUUCACCCACAGCCCGUCCUCGGAGUCGGUGAAGUCCAGCGUGUCGGACGGGUACCUGAACAAGCCCAGUCUGGCCAAGAAGAGGGCCAACCAGCAGGAGACGGAGCUCUUCUACUUCACCAAGUUCCGCGAGUAUCUGGAGGGAAGUAACCUGAUAUCCAAGCUGCAGGCCAAACACGACAUACUGAAGAAAGCUUUAGCGGAAGGAUAUAAAGCCGAGCUGCUGACCACUAGUCGUGGGCGGAAGAACUCCCACAGCAAGCACCAGGAUUCGACCAAAGCCAUCCCUCUGCUGGUGGAGAGCUGCAUCCGCUACAUCAACCUGCACGGUCUUCAGCACCAGGGCAUCUUCCGCGUGUCGGGGUCUCAGGUGGAGGUCAAUGACAUCAAGAACUCCUUCGAGAGAGGUAACGACCCGCUGAUCGACGAGGAGAGCAACCACGACAUCAACUCGGUGGCCGGCGUGCUGAAGCUUUACUUCCGGGGUCUGGAGAACCCGCUGUUCCCCAAGGAGAGGUUCAACGACCUCAUCUCCUGCGUCCGCAUUGAGAACAUGUACGAGAGGGCUCAGUGCGUCCGCAAGAUCCUGCUGGGGGUCCCGAGGGCGACGCUGGUGGUGAUGCGCUACCUGUUUGCCUUCCUCAACCACCUCUCCCAGUACAGCGACGAGAACAUGAUGGACGCUGGGAACCUGGCCAUCGUGUUCGGCCCCACCCUGCUGCCCACGCCGGACGCCCUGGACCAGGUGGCCUGUCAGGCGCACGUCAACGAGGUGGUGAAGACGGUGAUCCUGAACCACGACAACAUCUUCCCCGACGCCAAGGAGCUGCCCGGCCCCGUCUACGAGAAGUGCAUGACCGGAGACCAGUACUGCGAGAGUCCGUUCAGCGAGCCGGGGGCGUUGGAGGAGGCCGAGCCCGACGGCGGCACCGAGACCCAGACCAGCGACGAGGAGGGCGAGGGCGUGGAGGCGGUGGCGAGGUUCGACUACGUGGGCCGGUCGGGCCGCGAGCUCUCCUUCAAGAAGGGAGCGUCCCUGCAGCUCUUCCAGCGCGCGUCACAUGACUGGUGGGAGGGGCGGCACGGCGGGCACCGCGGCCUGGUGCCUCACCAGUACAUCGUGGUGAAGGACAGGGUCGACGUCGGCUCCGAGUCGCUCAGCCAGAAGAACGACAGCGACGGAGGAAGCAGCAGCACCGAGGACAAGAGGAGCCGGAGCGAGCUGAGCUCCCCCACCGACAUCCGCCCUCCUGAGACCUACAACAGGUCUGUGAUUCACAGGAGGAAGCGGACCGACGGUUUGUUCCGUCGCCCCCUCGGCCGCUCCAACGACUCCCACUGCCACGGGAACGGGGCGGUGAUGGAGCGGAGCUCGCCCCCGGUGACGGGUCACUUCAGCCCCAGGACCUGCUGCUGGGGCUGGGGCCAGGGAGUGACUCCGCCCCUCGACAGCCCGGAGCGUCGCCGACGCUCUGCGGCCGCCGUAACCAUGACGGUGAGCCGGCACGACUCGCUGCGGAGGCCGGAGGACACGCCCAUCCGCCGCUCCAGCAGCGGGCAGCACGGCUUCAGUGACCCCCACCGCUCCAGAGCCAUGGACGCCGACACGCUGGCUCAGGACAUCGAGGAGACGGUGACCGUGGCCCUGGGGGAGUUCAGGCAGCUGGAGCGCCAUGGCUGCCGUCCGGCCCCCGACGUGGUGCUGGACACUCUGGAGCAGGUGAAGAACGGGCCGAGCACCACCUGCUCCUCCGAGUCCCCCAGCCCCCACAGCACGCCCAGCACCCCAGGGACCCCUGGCACCCCGAGCCCCCUCAGCCCUCUGAGCCCCAUGAGCCCGCUCCCCGGACCUCCGCCGGGCCCCCCCCGAACCACCAACCCGUCGCCCGACACCCUGGGCUCCUUCAAAGGGGCUCGCGUGGGGGCUCCGCUGCGGCCCCCCGCCCUCAAGCCCAAACCCGCGGUCCCGCCCAAGAGCAGCACCCCGCCGCCGCCCCCGCCGCUGGAUAAGUCGUGCACAAUGUGAGCCAAAGCGGGCGGAAGCGGGCCGACCCGGGGCCCAAAGCGGAGAUCAGGGUUCUAAUGAAUGAGGGUUUAAUGUAGUAACAAACAUAAUAUAACAUAUGAUAUUCUACGUGUCGUCAGGUCGCUGUGUUCUCUUGGUGUGUAGGAGUUUACUUUCUCCGUGUGUUGAAGCAUUUAUCAAAGGUUAACUAGAAGAAGAGACACAGGAAGUGAAGGGGGGGGUUGGGGGGGGGGGUAGUUCAGCUCCAGUGGAAAUGUAGUUACAGUGGUGUGAAUGUGUCGUCAUGGCGAUAGGCUGAUCUGCCAAAAAGAAGAAAAAAGGCUGCUGUUUUCCUACGAAUAAGCGAAGCGACCAGAUCAGCUGCUGCGUCCGACGCCGUCGCCACGGCAACAAGACGCUCAGCGACCGCUUCCGCUUGCGUUUUGAUUUUCCUGCUGCUAAACCUGUUCAAUGAAUGUCUCCAGAGCCCCAACGACUGUUCGCCCAUCAACUGAAUGUUCGGCGAGUUGCCGCCGCCAUCGCCACGGCAACGAGCUCAACCGUUUUAAAAUAUGGCCUUCUUGUGUUUCCGGUUUGCGCGUUGCGUUCAGGGCCCCCGAGCGGCUCCCCGGGACCUACGCUUAGUGUGCGUGCGCCCCUGUCCUCGUCCUGCUCCCGUGUGACAGUGAUGUAUGAUGGGUAAUUCAUGCCCGCCUCGAGUGCCACAACACGCCAAGUGCAAAAAGCAUGCCGCGUUGUGUGCGUGCGUGCGUGCACACACACUGAUGUACCCGCUUGUGAAGUCACUAGUGAACCUUAAGAAUUCACAAUAAGCUAACGAGGAGGGGGGGGGGGAGGCGGGGGGGGGGCUUCUGUGUGUAAACUUCUCCAAAAAGAACAAAACACUUGAAAAGCACACUGAAUGUGUAACACAUUUGUGUGUGUGUGGAUGUGUGUGUGUGUGUGUGUGUACAUGUGAAAGUGCCUUUUUCUUUUUAAUCCCGGUCUUAGUUUUCUUUGUUAUGGGGGGGGGGGGGACCACUCACGCAUGUCCUGAACGAGGAGCAGCAGCACUCAAUGAAUUACUCAUAAAGUGUUUAGUAGAUGACUGAAUUAUGAAUUCUAGCAUUAACCCGUUGUGACUUUGCACUUUGACGUAUAGGACUCGUGUACUCGGCAUGUUGCACCUCGACUCUUGGUGCUUUUUAACUCAUAUCGGGACGUUGGCUUUUUUUUUUUAUUUGAAUGUGUUUCACGGUUUAAAAGCAGAGACGUGGUUUUCUGUCUUCGGUAUUUGAGAACCGAGCUUCGCUAAAGAGAUGAGCUCAUAUAGCCAAAUGAAUGGUAUCAAUGUCUUGUAUUUAUAUUAUAAAUAAACCCGGAAUAAAUUAGCA